AUGAGCGCACGUAAGAAUGCGAGGCGUUUUCACGCGUCUGGUCAGGGCAGCCGAUCCGAGCGCCUCAAGAGCCUUUCCAGGCUCUUAGGCCCGGAUCGGGUUAACCACACCAAUGAGGGUGGGUUGGAGCAGGGGACAAAAACCGGAAAAUGGCUUGGGGCCAUGAGAAAAGGAGGCACUUUCAGGGAUUAUCAGAGCAAAUGUGGCAAGGACGAUUAG